AUCAACUCAAGCCUCUAACCUCGAUUUCCACAGCAGUCACUCAUCCGACCUCGAUCAUUUCGAUCUCAUUAGCCACACACUAAAAACUCGACUGACCACCGAUUUCCAACGAUCAUGGCAGCGAGAGGCCUUUUCGUAGUCUGCAUUGCGCUCCUCCUCGCGACCUCCGCCUUUGCGCAGCGUGGCCCGCCUGGCGGAGGCCGUCCCGGCGGACAGGGGCAAGGGGGCCCAACGGGAGGGCCUGGCGGACCCGGCGGACCCGGCGGAAAGGGCGGACCUGGCGGGCCUCCUGGGCCGCGUGGCCCUCCGCUGAACCUGACGGCCGUCGGAAAUCUGACGGCGGACGUCGGCGCGCGAUUGGCCAACUGCUCCGCGGACCAGACGGUCCUCGACGGCCGCUUCCACAUCGCCAUCUUCAAGAACGCCACCAGCAAUUACAACCUCCUCGUCGAAGCACUCCUCGUGAACGCCACCGGCGGGCCGCCCGACUCGCUCGCGAUCGUGCAGGGCGCCGUGUGCGACUCCUCCGCCUCCACCGCCGCGCUGCUCACGCUGCCGUUCGCCGCGUCCGACUGGCAGCAGCGCGCGGGCUGGUGGCUGCUGCACGCGGAGGCGCGCCUCGACGCGUUCCUCGAGAACGUGGACGCCGCCACAGUCGACGCGCUCCUCGCGCUCCUCCCCAACGCCUCGCUCCCGGCGGCGCGCGGCAGCGGCGGAAACGGGGCCAGCGCGGGCGGCGCGCGCAGCGGGCAAGGCGGCAGGCGCAUGGGGCUGGGGAUGGGGCGGGAGCUGCUGAUGCGUGCAGCAGGGCGCGCCACUGGCGGCAGGCAGGGGGGGCAGCAGCAGGGGGGUCAGCAGCAGGGGCCGCCUGCUGGGGUUGCGGGGGAGAUGAUGGCGGGUGGGGGGGGCAGUGGCGGAGUGAACGCGACUGUGAGCGGGUAUGCCGUGCUCGCGACUGCCACUGCGGCUGGCGUGGCGUGGGGCGGGCAGCUCAUGGGGGUCAAAAUCCCCGCCGCGGUUUGAUCUGGUGAUACUGCUGAUGACCGUCAGCCCUGCUGCUGGAUGUGGCAAUGAGCCUGAUUAUUAGUUAGGAAGAUGAGCAGGAGCUGCAUAUGGCAAGGCAUGUGCUUGCCUGCUUGCGGGCUGUGAGGAGGAGGCCCCAUGGCUCUGGCUGGAGGAUGGAUAUUUCAAGUUCAUGGAGGGUGGUUGAUUUUAUGGCUUUGGGAUGGGUUUUGCCGAAGUAAUAUUGGGUCGGCAUCAGGGGCAGGAAUGCUGGCAAAUCACCUAGGAAAUGUGAUCUGGCAGAUUUGCCAUCCUUCCCGCCCUUGACUCGCUUAUGUUUAUCGAGUGAUGUGUUCGUGUGUUCAGGAUUGGGGGUUUAGCAGAUAUGAAGUAAUUUUAUGAGCUUGAACUGCGAAUUCAGCGGUGUACCCAACAUCAGUUCA